UAUUAAAGUAACCUUAUGAACCAUUACAAAACAAAUAUACAUUGGUCAAUCCUCUCUUUUUCUCUCUUUUCAUGAUUUCACCCUUUUUGGGUCUCUAUAAAUUCCAUCUAUUCUUCUGGGUUUUGGCACAAUUCUGUGAAACAAACACAAAUAAGUCUAACCAAUCUCAAGAAUCCUACACUGUCUUUGCUCAACUCUGUUUGCUUUUUCCUUCACUCAAUCAUAUUCAUGGCUGAGAUUUCAGGAUCAAGCAAUGGACAUCAUUCUGUUUCUUUGAACAUCAAAGAUGAAUCCACCGCCAUCACCAGCAGAGAAGUAGCAGCUGAAUGGGUUUCUGUAUCUUUCAUUCAAAAGUUGAUUGCUGAGAUUGUGGGGACAUAUUUCUUGAUUUUUGCUGGUGGGGCAUCAGUGGUUGUGAAUUUGAGCAAAGACAAAGUCAUCACUUUCCCAGGGAUUUCAAUUGUUUGGGGUUUGGUUGUAAUGGUGAUGGUUUAUUCUGUUGGUCAUAUAUCUGGUGCUCAUUUCAACCCUGCUGUUACCAUAGCCUUUGCCACUACCAAGAGAUUUCCAUGGAAACAGGUGCCAGCUUAUGUGAUGUCUCAAGUUCUUGGAUCAACAUUGGCAGCUGGGACACUUAGGCUAAUAUUUAAUGGACACGAAGAUCACUUUUCAGGGACACUCCCAAGUGAUUCAUAUUUGCAAACCUUUGUGAUUGAAUUCAUCAUCACAUUUUAUCUCAUGUUUGUAGUGUCUGGUGUUGCCACUGACAACAGAGCUAUUGGUGAACUUGCUGGACUUGCUGUUGGUGCUACUGUUCUUCUCAACGUUAUGUUUGCAGGGCCAAUUACAGGAGCAUCCAUGAAUCCAGCCAGAAGUUUGGGACCUGCUAUAGUAUCAAGGCAAUUCAAAGGGUUAUGGAUAUACAUUGUAGCUCCCAUUUUUGGUGCAAUUACAGGUGCUUUGGUUUACAAUACAAUCAGGUUCACUGACAAGCCUCUACGAGAGAUCACUAAAAGUGCUUCUUUUCUCAAAGGACAAAGUCGCAGAGGUUCAUCUUGAGGAGCUUUUGUCUUUCUCACUUUCUAAUUCAUAAAGAUGAAAUUUUUCUAAGUGGGGUUAUAGCAAAUUAAGAGCAUUUUUCUUUUUGUUUUGUAUUGCAUAGUUAAAGAAGAUGGCAUUACUCAAAUUGUUAUAGUUUUAGUCUUAGUUUAUCCAAAAAACAUGGACACGAACAACGUCCUUACUUCACAUGAAACUAGGUUAAUGUCGGGAAUCACGAGUAAAACUAAGAAUAAACUACAUAUGGAUAAGGAUAAGUCCAAACUUCUUGAUGGCUGCCUGCUAGUUCACAUGAA